UUAUUAAGGCAUAUUAAGAAUGUGAUAUAUUGUUUGUAAUAAAGCAAUAUGCCACUUGUACUGCUGCAUAUUUCAGCUUCGAGAGAUUCGAUUGUUGCUUUAAAAGAAAGACAAAAAUGCAAAAUCUAAAACUGCGAGUGAAAAAUGCCAAAAAUUCUUUGCAAAAGAAAAUAAAUGUUUCAAAUAACACGAUUGUGUUCUAAUAAAAAUAAACACGUGUUAAACACAAGACAGAACUGCUGUCUCCUAUUUCGUGAAUAAUUCGGAACAAGUUAACAGGCAGUUUACGUCCUUUGUUUGACGUAAAAUCGAUUAAUUACCUUUAAGUAAUUUUCCUUAACUUCACGAGUUUACGGACUGGGAGCCAACCAAAGUAAAGGGCACUGAUCUCAUAAUUUCAACUAAUGGCCAGUUCAGCCGUAUGACUCUCACAUCGCCUAAAUAAUAUUGCAUAUUUUCAAUGUUUUCUGGUUUCGGAUUUUACAGUGAAACGAUCGAUUUUGUAAGUGCAGAAAAUAGAUGCACUGUACACAUUGACUGUAUAUUUUAUGGUAAGAUGGCCAAAACCCUUUGAAACAUUAUGCGCAAACUGUGACUUCUCACAGUACCGAGAAAGAAUAUGUAGCCUUAUAUUUGUCUUCAAAGUCUCUUAAUAUUUACAAAUAAUAAUAAUAAUAAACGUUUCUUGAAUUUGAUUAUCAAAACCCAUCUAAUGUUGAAUUAAAUUAAUGGUCAAUGUUAAUUUACCCAUAUACAAUUCGUUUAGUAGGUUAAUAAAAUAUAAAACAAAACAGAACCAAUAGUUUUGUGUAUAGGCAUAUAAAUUCCUUUCAGAUUGAAUUUUUCCUUUAGUCAUUUGAAUCUAGUAUUUUCACUCAUAAAUUGCAGUCUAUGGCAUCAUUCGUGAUUAUACGGAAAUAUCUUGUAGUCUUCAUCCUUGGUGAUAAAUGUUUUAGACAAGCCACUCUUGACAUUCUUACUCAAUAUCCUCGACGAAGCCAUAAAGGAGAGAGCUGGAGCUGCAGCCGAAUCUGUUCUUUCUCAAUGCACAUCUGAGGCUCCUUCACUGCAGCAUGAUGGAUACCCAAUCCAAACUUACAACUUCCAAAAUGCAUGUUUACAGGUGUCGUUCAUAAAUUACGCUUACCUAUGAAAAAUAAGAUCAGGGAAUAUGAUUGGUUUGUUUUUGCCGAACAAAUGAAGAGAUGUUCAUUAAUCAUGGAUCAGCAAUGUCCCAAGUCAUUUUUAUUUUAGAAAAGUAACAAGAUCUUCACAAUGUUCAUUUCACUGUAUAUCUCCAUGAGAACCGAGUAACAGCCAAGUAACAACUCAGUUAGUAGUAGUAAAUAAGUAGUAGGCUAGGCUAUUUACUUAACAUGUAAUUGCUUUCUGAAACUGCUUGUAUUUACACAUUGUUUUUGUUAUCGCUUUGUAAUAAAGUAGCAAAUGUGCAUUAUGUUUAUGAACUAAAUAUGUACAGUGUUAAAUAUAAUUGCUUAAAAUAUAAAUAACUAAAAACAUUCCCUUAUAUGUCCUUUUUAUUAGCUAUAUUGCUUUCUGUCAUUUUAACAUUGACAAAAAUUAAUAAUAAUUGUCUGAUAAGUAUUAAACUAAUCACAUGAUUAUUAGCUAUAUAUGUUUUGGAUGGAAUGACAGUAAUCGUGAUUAUAAUGGUUUAAGAGAAAUAGCUUUUACAGCCAUUCGGCUCUGUUCUCUGACGUCGUUAUGAAUGUGUUUUAUUAUCUCGGUUUCUUUUUUUACAACGUAGUAAUGUGUGAAAAUAAGGAGGGCCCAUAUUCAAUUAAGACUAGACGCAAAUCUCUAUAGUGUUGCCUCAACUGACACACAGAAAACCUCUCUGAGUCUGAUUACAAAAAUGUGAGCUGUGAACUGAUAUUGGCAGAUUAGAUAAGCAUAACUGUAAUCAUCAUGAGAAAAUAAUGAGAGAAUUUGGUAUGCUAUUAAGUUAAAUCAUUUUUAGAAGUACAAAGUUUAAGACACUGAGAUUGAGCAGAUAAAAUAGUAGGCUAAACAAUGACGCUGAGGUCGUAGUCAUAUUUGUGCAAAAAAAAAAAAAAAAAAAAAAGGGAAUACAAAAUAAAUAACAAUAAACGUGCAAUCAUGGCAACAAAUAUUAAUGUUGAAAGAUUCAGAGCGGCACGACAAUGGCUGUGGCUGUUUUCCAAAGGUUGAAUUUUGAAUGCGAAUGCGGCUGUUUCUCCAGCAGUGUUUCCACCAAAGAUCAAACAGUUUGACACUGGCUCAAUGAGCGCAGCUUACGAAGGGGAUCCGAGUGCUGUGCUGGCUGGGGAAAUGUUAUGAUCUUGUAAUUACGGCGAUUGGACAGAUGCAUUAUCCAGGCUCAGCGUUGGAGCCACUGGAUAUUAUUGUAGCCAGAGAGCCGGAGGGCCAGACACCUACCAUCGGAGAGAGGGGAUGACCCUGCUGGCCCUGCGCAACCAUAUUGCACAUUUAAGCAGGAUUUUCCAAGUUCACUGGCGCUGUUGAUGAACUAGCUUUGAGGGAAGAUGAUGUCUCUUCAACAAGUUCCCUACAACUCCACACGCGAGAGGGCAGAGAUGGCCACUGGUGAUCUGAAAGGAUGUCUCAGGAAACUGGAAGCGUCUCUCCGCUCUCUGAAGUAUCCCAGAGAAGUGGACUAUAAAAGAUUGGCUGUGGGCGAUCCAUCAGCGUAUCUUCCCGUUGUGAGCUAUGCCUUCACUUCCUUCUCCCCAUCACUUGCAGAGCACCUGAUCGAAUAUGGUGUUGAACUGACUGGAAUGAAUGAUCUAUGCUUUAUUGAGAAUGUUUACAAGGUCUUGCGAGAUGUUUUCAGCUAUAAACCACUGCUGACCAAACAACAGUUCCUGCAGUUUGGCUUUGCAGAGAGGAAAGUCACCAUUCUCUGUGAUAUCAUUGGCCUUGUGCUCAACAAACACAAAGAGCUUACUAAAGAAAGCAAGCUUGUCAAUAAGCCAAAGAGAAGGCCUCAGUAUAAGAGCUGCAUUAAGAAUGAGAUCCCAUCUGCUGAGAGUGACUCACUAGGAUUACCUACCCUGACAGUUCCCCAAAAGCAGACACUGGUGGAAAGACACCUUGGCAGCAGCUCAACGCAUAAUCGGAUCAGACUUUUCUCAGAUGAGCAGCCACAGCAGGAAGAGGAAACAGAAAAGAGGGAGACAGACAGUGAAUGUUUUGAGGACUCGUCUCAACCGUCCAAUUCUACUGAGUGUGUUUUAGAGAGCAGGCUGAAGGGGUUGGAGGAUAGGCUUCUGGAUAGUGUUGGCAGGCUGGAGCAGCGAUUGGCCCUUAUGGAACACAGGAUACAAGCGCUGGAGAAAAGUCUGGCAGGCAAGAUUAUCAUUGAGAGCAACCAAUGGGAGAACUUGGAGAGUCGCCUGCUGCUGUUAGAGACCAGGCAUGCACUGACCUCAGCACAGGCACUAACAUCAGGAAAUGGUGUUUGUAUUGUCAGCACAGACAAGGGUGAAUUCGAAGAGGAGACAGUGUCUUCACAUGGCUUUUCCACUGUUAUCCGACCACCAUCUGACAUCAGUGCUACUAGACACUCUUCAGCCACUUCUCUUCCGACCACUCCAGAGAAUAUUAAAGAAAGACUGGAGAGAAUAGUUAACAUGAUGAAGGAUACAUCGAAUUUUCUGCAAAAUAUAGAGCCGACAAUGUGAAUUUGAUCACAUCCCAAACAACCUGUUUUAGUAUGCAUUCAAACUGACUCUUCUGUUACAUUUACAUUAAAUAAGUAAGUGCCUUGUCCUCUAGAUGUCACUGGAAACCAAGUGAAUUUGAAAGGUAAAUGAGUCUAUGGCGCCCUCUAAGGUCUGUUUUUUUGUAUUACAGUCCAGCCUAAAAGCAGGAUCAGUUCGUAGUCACAGCAGUUGUGCAUUCACUUGAUUAUCAGAUAAAGUUUUAAUAAAGUGUGUUAAUAUGGA